CGCAGGCUCUGAACACUUAACUGCGAGUGGUAACUUUACCACAGAGCCUUGCGUGCCCCUCCGCCUGUCGCCCACAACAGCCAGCAUCAUCAUCGUCAUCAUCAUCAUCACCAUCAUCAUCAGCAGCAGCAUCAGGAGCCGUAUCAGUGUGAUGAGGCAGCUGAGGACGGAGAGCCUCCUGCUCUGAGACACUGGAUCAGCCUGCAGACAGGAUGACUGAGGUGAUGAACUCUCUGGAGCCGGGGACUGAGGACUUCAGCGGGGGAGGAGCAGGAGGAGAUCAGGCCACAAUCUUCCCAGAUACCCAUGAAAGGUAUCCAAAGUUGUCCAAGAGGCUUCCCUCUAUAGUCGUGGAGCCAACAGAUGCAAGUGAGGUGGAGAGUGGAGAACUCCGCUGGCCCCCGGAUGACCCGAGCUCUGCAGACGCCCAGACUGAGAGAAAGCGUACGGAUGAGCAAACUGAAGAUGAGGAACAGUCCAGUGAAGGUGGAGCUGAAGAAGCUUCAGGAGUGGAAAUGCAGGACUCCAACUGAACAAACUCGCUUCCUGUGAUAUAAACUGUUACUAUGAGUGUAUCCAGACUUGGAAUGAAUGAAAACGAGUCAGAUAGAGGAGUGCAAUGUGCAGAUAGAAAGAUCAGAGAGACAAAGUAGGAAGUGUAGAAAACAGAUUCCCAAACCCCAGCUCACGGGCUUGGAGCCAGUUGCUUCAGCACCUUAAGAAAAAAGACACCAAAGGCGCUUUUUGGGUUUUUUGUUUUUCCCCAAAUGCACAUCUGUAAUGAUGGAGCUUGUUUUGACAUGUGUAAACUAAGAUUUAUGGGGACAAAGAUGGCAUGUUGAAGCAUUUUUUUUAAGAAAAAAGUUUUGGCAAUAGACAGGUUUUAAUUUGAGAAUUCCCAGGUCUAAAAUGACUGUUUUGACAUUUCCAGCUUUGUAAAUAUAGAUUUUGAAUUAAGUUAACAAAUUUCCUCUCUCUGGCUCCAAGCCCUCACCAUCCAGAUGCCCACGGAAUCAUCUGCACAUGUGAUCUGGACAGAUGUUUCUAAAUGCUGUAUUAAGUAUUUAGCUCAUGUGUGCCAUACUACUACUAAUAAAGGUAGCUACUGUAUUUACAUUUAGGUGCAGAUUACAUCACUGUUUGUUCGGUGCCGACUGCUGUAGUUUGGGUGAUCUUGGUCUCUCUAUUAACUUUGUA